AUGAACCAGCUUCUUCUGUUUGGGGCACUUUUUGAAGGCGGAGCUGCCACCAGCACCAACACCAACAGGACCAAGGUAAUACCAUCGGCAUCAACAGCUACAGCAGCCGGCACCGUGGCAGCGGCCGCAGUAGCAACCACCGAGCAGCAGCCCGCCGGCACCCCAGAAACGGCCACAUCGGCGGCCGAUGACACCGCCGUACAAGUCCUGGACGAGCGUACGGCACCCGAGAAGCUGCGGGACAUCAGCACACUCAUCCUGGAUUGCGACGGAGUGCUCUGGAGGGGCAAUGACAUAAUCCGUAACGCUCCAGAGGCGCUACGUGCCUUCCGUUGCGAGGGCAAGCGACUCCUCUUCGUGACGAACAACAGCAGCAAGUCCAGAGCGGAGUACGCGGCCAGGUUCCGGGGGCUGGGGCUGGAGGUGGCUCCUGAGGAGAUUGUGUCUUCAUCGUACUGCGCCGCGGCCUACCUGACGAGCAUUGGUUUCGGAGCGGGUAACAGCCAUCAGGGCAAUAACGUUAAUAAAAACACCAACAACAAGAAGGUCCUGUUAUUGGGCUGGAGCGGUGUGGAGCAGGAGCUUCAGACGGCGGGUAUUCCCUUCCUUGGCGGGCGGGAGUUCUCCGUACCUCUCAUGGACAACAUGGAGGCCAUGAAGGAAUUGAAGGUCGACCCCGAUAUCGGCGCGGUGGUGGUUGGUUGGGACCCCCAUUUCUCGUACUCCCGCCUCGUGUACGCCUCCAUCUGCCUGCGGGAGCUGCCAGGCUGCCUGCUGGUGGCCACCAACACGGACUGCGCGGACCACAUAGGCGGCGGCAGGAUGAUGCCGGGCACGGGGGGGCUCGUGAGGGCAGUGGAGGUGGCGGCGGGGAUGAAGGCGGUCAACGUCGCCAAGGGUGGCGAAUGGCUCCUGCCGUACCUAUGCCGUACGUACGGCCUGGAACCCUCCCGUACGGCCAUCAUUGGCGACCGGCUCGACACGGACAUUUUCCUAGGUCGCCAAGGUGGUUUGUUCACGUGUCUACCGUUGACGGGUGUAACUACCCUGGAGCGGUUACGGCGGUUGGCGGUUUCGGAGCGUCCUGACGUGGUAAUCGGCAGUGUGGCGCAGCUGGCGGGGCUGCCGUGA